UCUCAGAUGCUGUAGUGGAAUGCGUUGGCAGCAGAUUUAAUGUCAGACAAAGAUUUGGGUUUUAGUUAAUUUUGAAUGUGUGGGGCUUAAAAAAAGAAAAAGGAAAAUAGAGAGAGAGGAAAGGAGAGGUGGUUUUCAGUCCUGCUGCGCCGGUGGGAGGGAAAUAUUUGUGAAGCAGGAGCGAGGAAGGAGGGGAGAAAGAAGAAAAGUAGGAAAUCUCUGCAAACCCUGGAGUCUCAUUCAGCACCACUCGCCACUGGACAUCGUCUCAGCAGCGGAGUUGAUCGAGACAAGAGGAGAUUUGUUUCAACACAGAACCUGGGAGUAAAUGAAUCAAAAAAGAAAAAACGCAGGGCGCGUUGUUUCCACACAGCCACACAUCCACACCUGUCUCAUCCUCCUUCUUCUUUAAAUCGGACUCGUGUGGCGGGUUCGGCACGCAGCGUUUAAAAGAGCAGGCGAGUGCAGAGCUCACUGUGGAGCCGCCGCUGCCAAACAAAGACGCGGGAAGAGACGGAGGGGGAAAAAGAGAAGAACACUGGAUGUCACCAGAAGUUCACUUUCACCACUUUGGACUCACUUGGUCAAGGAGGAGGAUCCUGCGGUGAAGCCCACUGCCUCGUCUCUUCACAUUCUGCCUGCUUGAAGGAGAACCAUAUGCACCCAAGUGAUUCUGGAGAAGAGGAGACCUUGUUUUGAGAAUUCUGUGGACUCAGUCUCGGCUCGGCUGCUUUGUUGACUUACUGCAUGUAGCCUCCACUGUAAGGUGCAGCAAGAGACACAAAACACAAAGGGUAAAAGAAGAAAGGGUAAGAGAUUAAGAGAGCAAGGCAGCAUAAUUAGUAUUACCCAGUUUUGUGUCGAAGCCAGAGACCAUGAGAGGUGACUUCUGAAGAUGACUGUGCUCUGAAGAAUAACACAACUAACCUUCAGGACAUUUGCAUAUGCAUGCCCUUUAUGCGCACGCACACCUCUUUCAUUUUCAAAGGGCUUAAAUUUGUAUUUGGAUGCUGAUUUAGCCUUUCAUUAUGACUCUGCGAGGAGGCAUUGAGAGAGUGUGGAUUGGCUGCUGUAGAGGGGUUUGCUCCAGGCUAUUGCUGCUGGCUUGUUAUUUCCUGAUCGCCUUGGCAGCCAAACCGAAAAUGCCGGGCCACACACACCUCAAUUCAAUACGCAUUGAUGGGGACAUAUCUCUGGGUGGACUGUUCCCAGUGCAUGCGAGAGGGAAUGAUGGCAAAGCCUGUGGGGAGCUGAAGAAGGAGAAAGGGAUCCAUAGGCUAGAGGCCAUGUUAUUUGCUCUGGAUAGAAUCAAUAAUGACAAUGAGCUGCUGCCUAAUAUCACUCUGGGGGCACGUAUCCUGGACACCUGUUCCCGGGACACCCAUGCGCUGGAACAGUCGCUGACUUUUGUUCAGGCGCUGAUUGAGAAAGACUCGACUGAUGUCAAGUGUCUCAGCGGAGGGCCGCCCAUCAUCACUAAGCCUGAGAGAGUGGUGGGAGUGAUUGGUGCAUCUGCCAGCUCUGUGUCAAUCAUGGUAGCCAACAUUUUGCGUCUCUUCAAGAUUCCUCAAGUGAGUUAUGCCUCCACGGCUCCCGAGCUGAGUGAUAACACCCGCUACGACUUCUUCUCCCGGGUGGUGCCCCCAGACACCUAUCAGGCCCAGGCCAUGGUGGACAUUGUGAAAGCCAUGCGCUGGAAUUAUGUUUCCACUGUCGCUUCAGAGGGAAACUACGGAGAGAGUGGCGUCGAUGCAUUUAUUCAAAAGUCUCGAGAGGACGGUGGCCUGUGCAUUUCACAGUCGGUGAAAAUACCACGUGAACCAAGAACCGGAGAGUUUGACAAGAUAAUUCGCAGGCUGAGUGAAAACCCCAAUGCCCGAGUAGUCAUUAUCUUUGCCAACGAGGAUGACAUCAGACGACUCCUUCUAGCUGCUAAGAAGGCCAAUCAAACGGGCCACUUCAUCUGGGUGGGCUCAGACAGCUGGGGCUCCAAAAUCUCUCCAAUUCUUAACCAGGAAGAAAUGGCAGAAGGUGCAGUCACCAUCCUACCGAAACGACAGUCCAUCAAAGGUUUUGAUCGCUAUUUCAUCAGCAGAACAUUAGAGAACAAUAGAAGGAACAUCUGGUUUGCAGAGUUCUGGGAGAACAACUUCCAGUGCAAGUUGAGUCGGCACGCUGUGAAGAAAGGGUCUGGCAUCAAAAAAUGCACAAACCACGAGCGGAUCGGGAAAGAUUCUUCCUAUGAACAGGAGGGGAAGGUACAGUUCGUGGUCGAUGCAGUGUACGCCAUGGCUCAUGCUCUUCACGACAUGCACAAAGACCUCUGUCCUGGAAAAGUCGGUCUCUGUUCCAAGAUGGAUACCAUAAACGGCACACUACUGCUGAAGUACAUCCGCAAUGUCAACUUCACAGGAAUCGCCGGCACGCCGGUGGUCUUCAACGUCAACGGAGAUGCUCCUGGCCGCUACGAAAUCUACCAAUACCAGAUUGGAAAUAACACAGCCGAGUAUAAGAUCAUCGGUCACUGGACGGACCAUCUUUAUUUAAAUAUCACUGAGAUGCAGUGGCCUGGUGGAACACAAGACGUCCCCUCCUCUAUUUGCAGCCAGCCUUGCCGUCCUGGCCAGCGCAAGAAGACGGUGAAGGGAAUUCCAUGUUGCUGGCACUGUGAGAACUGUGAUGGUUACCAGUAUCAGGCAGACACUUACACCUGCAAGAUGUGCCGUUUUGAUUUACGGCCCAACGAGAAUCACACUGGCUGUGUUCCCAUGCCCAUUGUCAAGCUGGAGUGGAGCUCCCCAUGGGCAGUCAUCCCUGUUCUCAUCGCUGUUCUGGGCAUCAUGGCGACACUGUUUGUGGUUGCCACUUUUAUACGCUACAAUGACACACCCAUAGUGAAGGCAUCGGGUCGUGAACUGAGCUAUGUGCUGCUGACGGGUAUUUUUCUGUGCUAUGCUACAACAUUCCUCAUGAUCUCCACUCCUGAUGUGGUAAUAUGCUCACUGCGAAGGAUUUUCCUGGGCCUGGGUAUGAGUAUAAGUUAUGCAGCGCUGCUUACCAAGACCAAUCGGAUCUACCGAAUUUUUGAGCAAGGAAAGAUGUCGGUCAGUGCCCCUCGAUUCAUCUCCCCAGCAUCGCAGUUAGUCAUCACAUUCAGCCUGAUAUCAGUGCAGCUCCUUGGAGUGUGCAUCUGGUUUGGUGUUGACCCAUCGCAAGCCAUCAUCGACUAUGAGGACCAGCGUACAACCAAUCCUAAAAAGUCCCGUGGCGUUCUGAAAUGUGAUAUUUCAGAUCUGUCCCUCAUCUGUCUGCUGGGUUAUAGCAUGCUACUAAUGGUCACCUGCACAGUUUACGCGAUUAAGACCAGAGGCGUGCCCGAGACAUUCAACGAGGCCAAGCCCAUCGGCUUCACCAUGUACACCACCUGCAUUGUAUGGCUUGCCUUCAUCCCCAUCUUCUUUGGGACCUCACAAUCAGCAGAAAAGAUGUAUAUCCAGACCACGACCCUGACCAUCUCCGUAAGCCUCAGUGCGUCCGUCUCUCUGGGAAUGCUCUACAUGCCCAAGGUCUACGUGGUUCUCUUUCAUCCGGAGCAGAACGUGCCCAAGCGCAAGCGCAGCCUGAAGGCUGUGGUCACUGCGGCCACCAUGUCCAACAAGUUCAACCCCAAAGGUGGCCUGAGGCCCAACGGUGAAGCAAAGUCUGAACUCUGUGAAAGUCUUGAAACACAAGUGCUGGCCUCUAAGCAGACUUACAUAAGCUACAGUAACCAUGCCAUCUAAGAGAGUGAUGAGCCGUGGAGGUGGAGCAGGGGGGGCCGGCCUGAGAAGAAAUCACCUGAUUCUGGGGAAAUCUAUGAACUAGGGAAACACAGGAGAAUGUCAAUGUUUCUAGCAGAGAGGAGUCGGUGGAAAGAUGGGAAUUUGUCACUCCAAAAGUAGAAAGGAUGUCUAGCAUUUUCUAAAAAAGUAUUGAAUGUGUCACUUGUGGGUUGGGAGAUGGAAUUGGGAAAUGUCAGGGGGGUUUGGAGAGUAAAUUUUCCUCUUCCCACCCUCUUCUGAGACACACGUGAGUGCUGAGCAGCGACAUUUCCGCAAGCUGAGUGAGCCACCGAAAGCCAACACUAUGUUUUCCUUCUGAAAUGUAUAGCACACGACUUCAGUUCUCUCUGGGGCUGAUUCAUUUUUCUCAUUUCAACAAAAAACAGGGAAAAGAGUGUUUUGUUUUCGCUCUAGUCAAAUGCAGUUUACAAGCAGUAUAAAAAGUUUUUUUUUUUUUUUUUU